AUGGACGCUGCUGUCCUUCUCUACACGAUCCUUGCCGUGGUCGCUCUGCACGGCGUUGCUGGUGGAGGCAUAGGCAAACACGCCGACAGCAUUAGCGCAGCAGAGGCUUCUGUCGCCUUUCGCGCGUGGUUCAUUUGCGAGCUCCUCUACGGCCCUUUGAGUGCCGUUGUACGGACCUCGAUUCUGCUCUUCUUGCUGCGCCUGCGCCCAUCACGGCUCGACAGAAUAGUCCUCUACGCCUGCCUAACCACCAUCUACAUCUUCACCGCAGUCUACUUUUUCCUCAACUUGUUCCAGUGCAGCCCGCCGUCGUUCUUCUGGAGACAAUUUACCGAGGUAGAUCUCGAAGGCUCCUGCGCGCGUCCUGACAUGGUGCCGAAGGCGGCCAUCGCUCACAGUGCAGUUUCCGCGCCCAGCGACUGGGUCACGGCUCUGAUGGCUGUCAGGCUGAUGAGGCGGAGCAUGCUAGACUGGCGGACGAAAAUGGUGACGAUGAUGUUUCUUAGCCUGGGUGCCGUCGCCGGAGCCGCCAUGAUUGUACGGAUACCGUUCGUGCAGCUACUCGAGAUAACGCCCGAUUUUCUGCACCGUACAGUAGACGUGGCCAUGUGGUCUGUCAUCGAGCCUUGCAUCGGCAUCGUCGCCGGUAGCCUCCCUUUCAUCCGCAUGCUGUUUGGCCAGAGACGGAAGCGCCUGAACCGCCGCGCUGAGAGUGGCAUCGAUCUUCCAGAACUACCCACGAGUGGGGGGAUCCAUGUCAGCACGACAUGGGAAGUGCAGUCGGCCUCCAUGAACCAGAACUGCGCCGUGGGGGGCCACACCGCGUCCGUCACAGCGUUCUUGGAGGAUGGUGAAAGGGAGGGGGCGCAGAUAUAA